AUGGGCCUCACAUCCUCAGCUCGCGCCAACUCGAUCUCGACACCCGCAACCUCUGCCACCUCAUCCCACUUCUCUACUCCCACUCCUUCCCGCCAGCCUACUCCUCCCCCUCAGCCUCAGUCCAGUCCAGCCCAGCCCACUAUGACCGACGAGACUAAGGGCAACGCGGCGCUCGACCGCUCCUUCCUCGACGCCAAUGUUGACGAGCUCCUGCACCAGAUGACCAUCGACGAGAAGAUCUCACUGCUCGCAGGCAAGAACUGGUGGGAGACCACGUCCAUCUCCCGCCUGAAUGUCCCUAGCGUCAAGGUCACGGACGGACCAAACGGCGCACGCGGCGCGUCAUUCUUCAAAAUGACCAAGGCGAGCGCGAUUCCUUCGGCGACAUGCCUUGCGUCGUCGUUCUCGACCGACCUUAUCAGCGAAGCGGGCGGUCUGCUUGCCGAGGAGGCCAAGGCUCGCGGUGCCGUCUGUCUCCUCGCCCCGACCAUCAACAUCCAGCGUAGUCCGCUCGGCGGACGCGCGUUCGAGUCCUUCUCCGAGGACCCGACGCUCUCGGGCCGGAUCGCUUCCGCCUACAUUCACGGUCUGCAGAGUGCAGGCGUGUCGGCGUGCGUCAAGCACUUUGUCGGCAACGACCAGGAGCACGAGCGUAAUGGCGAGGACAGCGUCAUCGGUGACCGCGCCCUGCGCGAGGUCUACCUCCGCCCCUUCCAGAUUGCGCAGCGCGAGGCCGAGCCUUGGGCGCUCAUGACAGCAUACAACAAGGUCAACGGGACGCACGUAAGCGAAAACAAGGCGCUGCUCCAGGACCUCCUUAGAAAGGAGUGGGGAUACGACGGCCUCGUCAUGAGCGACUGGUACGGCACGUACAGCGUGUCGGAGAGCAUUGAGGCCGGGCUUAGUCUCGAGAUGCCCGGCCCCACCAUUUGGCGCCAGCCCCGUAUGCUCAACCACCUCAUCAUGUCACACAAGCUGGACCCGCGCGCGAUUGACGCGCGCGCACACGAGGUCCUCGCUUGGGCGCAGAAGCUCGCCCGCCUCAACCCCGAUAUCGUGUAUGCGGUUCCCACGCCCGAGCGCACGCGCGACAGUGCGGACGAGCGUGCGUCGGACGCCAAGCUCCUCCGCCGCCUGGCAGGCGAGGGCGUCGUUCUCCUGAAGAACGAUGGCGUCCUUCCCAUCCGCGAGGGGCGCGUAGCCGUCAUCGGGCCGAACGCCAAGACGCGCGUCAUCUCGGGUGGUGGAAGCGCCGCCCUUCGCCCUCUCUGGUCAGUCAACGCUUGGGAGGGCAUGGUCGAGAACAAGCCCAAUAACGUCGAGCUGUCCUACAGCUUAGGCCUUCAGGGGGCAAAGUUCCUCCCGAUGCUUGACGAGUGCUUCACCACUAUCGACGGCAAGCGCGGCUUCGACCUGCUUCACUACUCGAUCGACGCCAACGGAGAGGUCGCGCACGAGCCGACUGUGGUGGACACGCACGACGUCAGUGACAUGUUCCUCGCCGACUUCCGCCACCCUAGACUUGGACAGCAUUACGUCUCCGAAGUGCGGGCCAAGUUCACCUCGCCCAUUACGGGCCGGUACGAGUUCGGUCUGACGGUCACAGGCCAGGGAUGGCUGUAUAUUGACGACGAGCUUGUCAUCGACAACGCGACCAAGCAGACCCUCGGCUCCAAGUUCUUCGGCAACGGCACGAUUGAGGAGAAGGGCAGAGUCGCUGUCGAGAAGGGCAAGACGUACACCCUUCGGGUGGUGCACGACUCGCGCCGCCUCGUCUCUAGAACCGUGGCAGGUACGCCGUUCAUCGUCAAGGGCAUCCGCAUCGGCGCGUUCCCCCUCGUCGACGCUCAUCAGGCCAUGGAGGACGCUGUCAAGGCCGCUCGUGCAGCCGACAGUGUCGUCCUCGUCGCCGGCCUCAAUGCCGACUACGAGAGCGAGGGCUUUGACCGCCCGACCCUCGGCCUCCCCCUCGCCAGCGACGAGCUCAUUACCCGCGUCGCCGAGGCUAACCCCAACACCGUAGUCGUCGUGCAGGCCGGCUCGGCUGUGAGCAUGCCUUGGGCCGACAAGGUCGCUGGCAUCAUCCAGGCUUGGUACGGCGGCAACGAGGCUGGUAACGGUAUCGCCGACGUCGUGUACGGUAUCCGCAACCCCAGUGGUCGCCUGCCCCUCUCGUUCCCCAAGCGGGAGAGCGACAUUGCCGCCGCGCUCAACUUCAAGAGUGCCCGCACCAAGGUCCACUACAGCGAGGGUAUCUGGGUCGGGUACAAGCACCACAAUGCUCGCGGUAUUGAGCCCCUCUUCCCCUUCGGCCGCGGCCUUAGCUACACGUCGUUCAAGUACUCGGGCCUCGCCAUUAACGUCAAGAAGGGCGACGAGUGGACCGCGGCCGGCCGCGUCACGGUUACCAACACGGGCCAGGUCGCUGGUGACCACAGUGUGCACUUCUACACUGCUCCUCCGCCCGAGUCGCCCACCGGCCUACGCCACCCUGAAGUUUCGCUGCAGGCCUUCGCCAAGGUGUACGACCUUGCUCCGGGCAAGAGCACCACAGUCGAAGUCAAGCUCGACAAGUAUGCCAUCUCGCACUGGGACGAGUACGACAGCACAUGGAAGGUCGAGGUUGGCGAGUGGGCGCUCAAGGUCGGCGAGGACGCGCAGACCAUGGUUGCCGAGGUGCCGUUCACCAUCGACAACGAGAUGGCGUGGACCAAGUUGUAA